AUGAAAAUUUUAGGAAUAUUUUUAAUCGCAGCAGUAUUAUUGGAUGGAAUACAUUCCGUGAAGAAUAAAAAGGUUAAAUGCUAUCGGUGUGCAGAUUGUCCAAAUCCAUUUGACAAAGAAUUAGUCACUGAACUGGCCAAUUGCAAUUAUUGUCGAACCGUUUACACCUAUCGAGAUGAAGAUACUUACAGAAUUGAAAAGGAUUGUGUAACCAGUUGUAUAGCUCGAGAUCGUCGAAAUAACAAUGUUGGCUUAGUGACUGAAUGCUGUGAUGAAGAUUACUGCAAUUCUUCACCGAAACACAUUUCCACUUCGUAUAUGAUUAUUCUCAGCGCCGCGCUGACAAUUUAUACUGCUAACAAAAUAUUCUAA